AUGUCUCCACGGUUCUUGUUAUUCACUGUGGCGGCAGUUGCCCUUGGAAGCACAGUCCUACCAUAUAGUACUCCUGCACCAUCCUACAAUGCUCCCUCUCCAACCUACAGUGCUCCUGCUGCAUCCUAUCAUGCCCCAGCCCCUGCUGGGCCUGCGCAGUAUAACUUCAACUAUGCAGUGAGGAACGACUACUCUGGAAAUGACUACAGUCAUCAGGAAAAUCGUAAUGGUUAUGAUACUCAAGGAGCUUACUACGUUCUCCUUCCUGACGGCCGUGUGCAGAGAGUUGCAUAUACCGUGAACGACGACUCCGGAUACGUUGCCGAAGGUACUUACGAAGGAGAGGCCCAAUACCCAGCUUAUCAACCUGCCCCUUCUCGCUCCUACCAACGGGCCCCCGCCCCUCCCUACCAACCAGCUCCUACUCCUUCCUACCAAACCACUCGUAGCUAUGCGUAA